AUGUCGAAACCACAGUGUGGCGGAGGAGCUGCUGAGCUCAGUGAAUACGACCUCCCUCUCCAUGUGGGUGCAGUCUUCAUGGUCUUCGCAUUCAGCAUUGCCGGAGCUGGUCUCCCAGUUAUGGGGAAAAGAGUAUCUUGGGCGAGACUCCCACCUCGCGUUAUAUUCUUUUGCAAACACUUUGGAACGGGCGUGCUGAUUGCAACGGCUUUUGUUCAUCUGGUGCCCACGGCUUUUCAGUCUCUCGGUGAUCCGUGUCUUCCUUCCCUUCUCACAGACGACUAUCCAGCUAUGCCUGGCGUUAUCAUGAUGUUUGCGUUGUUUGCUCUAUUCACCAUUGAAAUGUACCUCAAGGCGAAGACAGGUGGCCAUUCCCACGGUGGACCCAUGGGCAACGCUACUUCAGCCCCUGGACCACAUCGACACGGACACGCCCAUGUACAUAGGCCUGGACUAGCAGAACAAGGAGCACGACCCGGUGUCGGCACCCCGCAAACUCUUCCAGCAUACGGAGUCCAUUCACAAGACGAAUCCGAGGUUGACGGGUUCGAGAAGCCGCACGCGUACACGCACUCCUAUGAGAUUUCGGCCGUGGCGCGCGAAGAGAUGGAGCAAUACAACAACCUCACAGACAUGCCCACCUGGUUCCAAGUCUUCUACGCCCAGUACGUCCGUCAACGCGAAGAGCUCAAGGACAUGAUCCUGGCCGUCACACCGCGCUCCUUCUACCCGGCAGAGAAAUCUGUGUUCGACGACAGCUCGUCUGUCGGUGUACCCGAUACUGACUCUGAGGCGAGCGUGGAUGCCAUGACGCUGAAGACAAUGAACCUCAACAUCUCGUUGCUCGAGGGAGGUAUCCUGUUCCACUCCAUCUUUGUUGGCAUGACCGUCUCCAUCACCACUGAUGGCUUUGUCAUCUUGCUCGUGGCAAUACUCUUCCAUCAAUUCUUCGAAGGUCUAGGUCUCGGAAGUCGGAUCGCCGCCGUGCCUUAUCCCAAGCAGUCAAUCCGCCCAUGGGUUCUGGUCUGCGCGUUUGGAACGACUUGUCCCAUUGGCCAAGCCAUCGGGCUGUUGACGCGCAACUCGUACGAUCCGUCCAGUGCCUUUGCCCUCAUCCUCGUCGGAGCAUUCAACGCAUUUUCAUCAGGUCUGCUCAUCUACGCUGCACUGGUCGACCUUCUCGCUGAGGAUUUCCUCUCUGAGGAGGCGUCGCUCAUCAUGACGAAGAAGGACAAAAUCCAAGCGUUUUGCUUUGUUCUCACGGGCGCUGCCGGCAUGUCGGUUGUGGGCGCUUUUGCAUGA